AUGCACCAUGAUGGUGCACCUAGCUGCGUAUCAGUUCAAUCGGAUCACAACUAUUCACGGAAACACGAAACAAGUCGCCUAUCCUCCUCAAAUAGAAGAUCGUUUGCAGCUAGAAUGCACCGUGGUGAUGCACAUGGCGAUGCCAUGAAUCGACCUGAACACCGUAACUCUCCGAAUCUCGUGGAUAGAUGUCCAUCUAUCAAAAACGGACAUUCGCAUGCGGCUGCUAUGCACCGUGGUGGUGCGCAUGGCGAUGUUCAAAAUCGUCCUGUCCACCGUAACUCUCCGAAUCUCCUGGAUACAUCUCUAUCUAACUCAAGCGGAUAUUCGCAUGCGGCUGCCAUGCACCGUAGUGAUGCGCAUGGCGAUAUUCAAAAUCGUCCUGCCCACCGUAACUCUCCGAAUCUCCUGGAUACAUCUCCAUCUAACUCAAGCGGACAUUCGCAUGCGGCUGCCAUGCACCGUAGUGAUGCGCAUGGCGAUGUUCAAAAUAGUCUUGGCCACCGUAACUCUCCGAAUAUGCUGGAUACAUCUCCAUCUAACUCAAGCGGACAUUCGCAUGCGGCUGCCAUGCACCGUAGUGAUGCGCAUGGCGAUGUUCAAAAUAGUGUUGGCCACCGUAACUCUCCGAUUAUGCUGGAUACAUCUCCAUCUAACUCAAGCGGACAUUCGCAUGCGGCUGCCAUGCACCGUAGUGGUGCGCAUGGCGAUGUUCAAAAUCGUCCUGCCCACCGUAACUCUCCGAAUCUCCUGGAUACAUCACCAUCUAACUCAAGCGGACAUUCGCAUGCGGCUGCCAUGCACUGUAGUGAUGCGCAUGGCGAUGUUCAAAAUCGACCUAGGCACCGUAACUCUCCAAUUCUCCUGGCAACAUCUCCGUACACUUCAAGCGGACAUUCUCAUGCGACUAUCAUGCAUCGUGCUGGUGCGCAUGGCGAUGUCCAAAAUCGACCUAACUCUCCCAGUUCAGAUGUUGGAAAGUGUUCUGAAUCAGAGUUCGGAGAUCUGGAUGAAAAUGGUGGAGAAGUGUGUAUCGGGGAUAACACGGAAAUGAAUGAUUUCGAUAUGACGGAUUAUUUUGAAAAAUUCAGGAAUCAGGGUCUUUUGAGUGAAGACGAUGAGUAUGUUCCCGGAGCAAAUGAUUCCAACCAGAUAAAUGACGGUAAGUUUUAA